AUGUCUUCAAUCGCGCGGCCACCAGACCCGUGUCUAGUGGCCAUAAUCCUGAUUGUCCGCUCACGAACCGGGCCCCGUCUAGUCUUCCACUACCCCCCGAAUCCGCUCAGCGAGAACCGCAUCAAACCCACCAAGGGCGGCCGGCGCACGUCCCACACUCGCACGCGACGAGGCUCGAAGAACACCGACUCCAGUUCAAGCAAUGAAAGUGGCCUAAGCUCUGAUGAUGAGGAAGAGGAUCGAGAACGAGAAAAGGAAGGCCAUACCGGCAGCAGCUCAGUGCUCGCAGGUCGGCGCACCAGCAACUUCGGCCUUGACGAGCACCUCUCUGUUUCGGCCUCGACAGUGGCUAAUGAACCGCACCGCCCCAGCUCUCUAGGCUCUGGUCGAGCUUCCUCGCUGCGAAAGCGCGGCGGCGCGGGUUCUGAUCUUGAAGAUGAUGCGGGGACGGCGUCUGAUCGACCGGACGAUGGUCCUGGGAGUUCUAGGCCGCCCUGGGAAUCGCUUCUGGGCGUGCCUGGGAGUGUAUGGGAGAAGCUGUUGAGUCCGUCUCGUUCGUGGCAUAAGCGGCGCUUUGAGGUUGGCAUUAAUGAUUUGGCACUUAUUGGGUGGCCGGUCUUCGUGCGCGAGGAUGGGACAUGGCGCAAACAACGACGCAAGAAAAAGAAGAAGCCGCGUGCUGAUUGGGAUGGCGGCGAAUUGGGUCACAAUGAACAGGCUGAGGAUGGGCAGACUGAUGAGCGCUUCGUUACCUCUCCUGAUUUGGGCGCUAGUGUUGCGUCCAUUGCGGAGUCGUUGACUUCGCCGACGGAUAGUAAGCGUGGUUCGACUAGUGGGAAAUCGGGCAAAAUGGGGGAUGAUCCUCUUGAUCCUGAGGAUAAAGACCAUAUGACUAUGUUCAAUGUGGUGUUUGUCGUGGACCCGCCUCUUCUGGAGUACUCGAUGCGCGUGAAGGAAAUCUAUGAGAAUAUCAUCAAGAAAUUUGCCAAAGCGCUCAAAUGGGAGCAGGCUCGCACAGAUUAUGUAUGGAAAGAAUCUCAACAUAUACUGCAAGUUCGACGGAGGGCACGAGAGAAUAAAACAUCGACUCAUAACCUUUACUCCGAACUAAUAUCUCAGUCCUCGCUGGCUCGGGCUAUGUACACAGUGUACAGUAGCAUAUCAGCAUCCAAGAUCGCAUCUAUCUCUCUCAGCCCAGAUGUGUCUAUUUCGCUUCAGAUCCCGCCAUUGACCUCUACAUCAUACGUUUCUGGCCCAGCAGACAAAUCAUACCCUGGUCUUUGGUUAACAACGGCAGACAGUGCAACUCCAGUGGACGACCCAGGAGCGGAUGGAAACAAUACACCACAUCAAGUGUUGGCAAAGCAUUUCGCCCUUUUACUAUUGGACAGUGAAGCUGCCAUUAUAAAAGACGUCGAAGCCUCUGGUGGAACUCUUGCACCAGCACUCGCUCAUUACAUUCGCUGUUCCAAGCCAACCAAAUCUUUUGCUCAGAUUUCAGUGUCGUCAGGGAUUCCAUUAUCUCAUAUCCAGAUGCUGUCAAGCCACCUUGUGUAUUGGCGUCGUGCUCGCGCCAUCCCUCCCAUCCAUCAACGAGAUACAUACAUUGUCUCUCCGAACUGCGACUUGAGCAAGCUGGAAGUGGCUACGAUUGCCUACCAAGCAGCAUUCCCAACACUCCCCAGCUUGCCAAAGAUGCUUUCCACCCUCAGUGGCACCCCUCGCCCAUACAGCAACUUCAUCCCUAGCAAGGACCACAAGGAAGUCUACUUCACCAUCUUGGCUUGGUUACUGCGCGGCGGCUGGGUCACCCAGCUGCGCACAUUCGCGCGUAUCAAGGUCACACCGGAGAUCAAGAUGGCGGUGGAAUUGGCUCUACGGAAGGAGGAAGUGGACCGAUACCUAGCAAAGGGAUCUUCCAAUUCCAUCCCGGUCGACGAAGAUGACUCCGACGAUGAGGACGAUGUCGACGAUAUGAACUCUUCGUCCUCAUCAUCACUAGCAAGCCACGGCAGCGGAGAAGAGACACCCAUGCCCGGCCGACUCGAUCCACACACACAGCUGCGCGUGUCUCACAAAUACUUAGAUCGGUCAACUGCUCUCCGUCUCUCAUCAUUCAUCCUCUCUCCGCACCGCGCAUCCCCUCUUGAGUCCCGCUGGCUCGACGAGAUCGUCGCUCGAUUUCCCGACCAUCCUGGUACAGAGCAAGAUGAGGUUAGCACCAGUCCGGAUAUCACUCCCAACGAUCUUCGGACUAUACACAAGAAAUACUGGCCAGUCUUCCUGAAGUACUUCAAUGGUUAUGACGCUGUGGAAAAAAUUUCCGUACGGGAAAAUCUCAAGCGCAAACUUGUCUGGCAGGUUCUAAUGCGACUGGGGCUGUUGACCGGUCCACUCGGAUCGAUUGACUUGGAUGCACGUGAACAGGUGUUGGUCACUGUUCGGCAUUGGUAG